CAUUUUAGUUUUUGGUUGUUGGCAGGCAUGUUCAAGUUACAAACGUUACGGAGUGCCAUCGUCGCCAAAAAGCCUAUCGAGCUCUUGAAGGCCGAUGGUACUAGCAUAUUGUUGGAGUCUGGAAACAUCAACCAAGCGGUUUCCUUGAAAAUUGGUGAUAAUGUGUACGAUAUCAACUCCGACACAAAUUUUUUCAACCAAGUGGAAUCCGACAAGCAAUCGUUAAAAGCGGUGGUAUUCUGUUGGAUCCACGAUAAGCUGUCGAUUGUGGACUAUAAAAAUGAGUGUGCUAAACAGAGUAUCCCCGAGUUCAAGUUUUUGGUCAAAACUGACUUGAGUACUUGGUUACUGGGAACUUCAGAUACAUGCAAGUUUGUGGAUGAUUCCACCAGUGAGGCAGCGGCACCAGACAGUGGUGUCACUUCGGAAGAGGGAGCUACGAGAGAGAAGCGCAAGUUGGAAGAAGAAGACCCCCAGAUGGCUCGAAUCAGCGGGUUUGAAAUCAACUCCAUCGAUCACAAUGUCAUAUUAAGAGGAAGUAAGAACCUCGAGUUCAACUACUUACUCAAGGAUGCUAAGCUCUUCAUCAACCAGUUGAAGAAGAACAAGCUGAGCUCGUCUCACCUGAAAAAUACCAGCAGACACUUGAAGCUGCCCAUAAUAUUGUUGUCUCCAUCGACAUCUGCCUUAUUGUCAUUGUCCAACAUCAAGGCCUUCUUGGAAGAGGCCCGUUUCAUCGACCCCACCACCAACAGUUUACCAAAGCCCGCCAAUGGCAUCACGGUGAUCGAGCGGAAAUCAGACAAAUUGCAUCCGGCAGCCCAUAAAAUCACCGUGGUGGACAAUGUUGACUUUUUCACCAAGCCCGAAUACUGGGACCGAGUGGUGGGAAUCUUCACCACGGGCCAGAGCUGGCAGUUCAACAAGUACAAGUAUUCGAACCCCGACGUAUUGUUUCAGAAGUAUCCUGGGUUUUAUAUGUGCUACCAGAGUGAUGUGGUGCCCAAGCAGAUCAAAGACUGGAAUAUUCGCCAAGUGAGGGUAGACAGAGAUAAACGGUUCAGAGACAAAAUGAUAGUCAAUGACUUCUGGAACGACUUGGAGAGGAUCUUGGUGCAGAGAGGAUAUGAUGUAUAGUGUGUAUAAUACAAGAAUAGCUACUUACAAGUUUAUUGGUACUUCUUUUCCAAUGCGAUGAACUUUUGGUAUAUUUCAUCCACCGUCAUGUUUUGGACCUGACGGCUAUCUCUGCUCCGUAUAGCCACCGUCCCACUGUCGAUAUCCUUAUCACCAACCAUGAGAAUAUACGAAUAACCCUUGCCAAUGGCCUCUUUUAUGCGGUUACCCACCGUCUCACUUCUGCUGUCGAUAUCCACAUAGAAGUUGUAACCGGUCAUAGGGGAAAUAUCAUCGGCAGAAGACAACAACUCGCCAACGAGCCUACUCCGGAUUGUUUCUGCGUGCUCUAAGUGGGAACUAUUGACGGGAAUGACGAUAGCCUGCCUUGGAUUCAACCAAAACGGCCAUUUGCCCUGGUAGUUGUCUAACAAAAUGGCGAAGAACCGUUCCAACGACCCAAAAACUGCCCGGUGGACCAUUAUGGGCCGGUUGUCUCUAUUUCCUUGCAUAUCCACGUACGAAAGAUUGAACCUCUCGGGCAAAUUGAAAUCCAACUGAAUGGUUCCUAUCUGGUGGACUUUCUCAAACUUGUCAGUAAUCAUGACAUCUAUUUUAGGACCAUAGAAAGCCCCAUCUUGGUGUUUGACGAGCCAAUUUCCGGGGCCACACGCCUCGUCCAACACCUUCUUCAACUCGGCUUCGGCACGGUCCCA